AUGAGCGACGCCCCGAAGAACGACGACGGAAGCGGCGCGCCGCCGCCCCCGCCGCCCGGCCCGCCGCCCGCCUCGAGCGCGAUGAGCGCGUCCGCGCCGGCGUUCCAGAUGAAAGCGUCCGCGCCCGCGUUCGCGUUCAAGCCGAGGAACGUCUCCUCCGCGCCGCCGCCGGCGCCUCCCCCCGGCCCGCCCCCCGGCGGUCCCCCGGCGUUCUACGAGCGCCCGCCGCCGCCGGCGGGGGAGCCGCCGAAGCGAGCGGUCUCGCUCAGCAUCGGCGGCGACGCCGCGCCUCCGAAGAAGGCGGCGUCGAUCACGAUCGGCGGGCCCGCGCCGGGGGCGAAAGCGGCGUCCGUCUCCAUCGGCGGCGACGCCGCGCCGCCGAAGAAAGCGGCGUCGAUCACGAUCGGCGGGCCCGCGCCGGGGGCGAAAGCGGCGUCCGUCUCUAUCGGCGGGCCCGCGCCGCCGGCGGCGAAGAAGGACGAGAAGCCGGACGCGCCCACCGUCGCGGAGGCGACGGCGAAGGCGGCCGCGCUCGAGGUGGAGGACAAAAAGCCGGCGGCAGCGCCGGAGCCCGAGCCCGUCGCGGCGCCCGAGGAGGAGGACGACGUCGCGGCGCCCGAGGAGGAGGACGACGCGACCGGCGACCAGAGAGAGCACCUGAACUUGUGCUUCAUCGGGCACGUCGACGCGGGGAAGUCCACGAUCGGCGGUCAGAUCUUAUUCCAGAGCGGCAUGGUGGACGACCGCACGAUCGAAAAGUUUGAGAAGGAGGCCAAGGACAAGAACCGCGAGUCGUGGUAUAUGGCGUACAUCAUGGACACGAACGAGGAAGAGCGCGCGAAGGGGAAGACCGUGGAGGCGGGCAGGGCGCACUUCGAGACGGAGAAGAAGCGGUACACGGUCAUCGACGCCCCCGGGCAUAAGAAUUACGUCCCGAACAUGAUCCAAGGCGCCGCGCAGGCGGACGUCGGCGUGCUCGUGAUCGCCGCGCGCAAGGGCGAGUUCGAGACCGGGUUCGAGCGCGGCGGGCAGACGAGAGAGCACGCGCAGCUCGCGAAAGUCCUGGGCGUCUCCAAGCUCAUCGUCGUCGUGAACAAGAUGGACGACCCGACGGUGAAGUGGAGUAAAGAACGCUGGGACGAGAUCAACACGAAGAUCAACCCGUUUCUAAAGUCGUGCGGGUACAACGUGGCCAAGGACGUGACGUACGUCCCCAUCUCCGGGCUGUACGGCACGAACAUGAAGACCAAGGUUACCGCGGACGUGUGCCCGUGGUACGAGGGGAAGAGCUUCUUCGACACGCUGGACGAUUUAGAUCCGCUGGACCGCAACCCGGACGCGCCGUUUCGUCUCCCGGUGUUGGACAAGCAUAAGGACAUGGGCACGAUCGUCAUGGGGAAGACCGAGGCGGGGACGGUUCGUCGAGGCGACAAGCUCGUCGUCAUGCCGAACAACGUGCAUGUCAAGGUCACGAACGUGUACAGGGACGACAUCGAGUGCUCCAAGGUGGCGCCGGGGGAGAACGUGCGAAUGCGUCUCGCGGGCAUCGAGGAGGACGCGAUCAUGACGGGGUUCGUGCUCUGCGCGCCCUCAGCGCCGGUGCACGUCACGCAAGAGAUCGAGUGCCAGCUGGCCAUCUUGGAGCUUCUCGAGCACAAGAGCAUAUUCACCGCGGGGUACAAGGCGAUCAUUCACAUCCACGCGGUGACGGAGGAGUGCGAGGUGACGAAGAUCGUGAACGAGAUCGACGGCAAGACGAGGAAGCCGAAGGAGAAGAAGAAGGGGCAGGCGCUCUUUUUGAAGGGCGGCUCGCUCGCGACGGUUCGCAUUCGCACCAGCGGGAUCAUCUGCUGCGAGAAGUUCGCGGACGUCCCGCAGCUCGGGCGGUUCACGCUUCGGGACGAGGGGAAGACGAUCGCGAUCGGGAAGGUGCUCAAGCUCAAGCCGUACGAGGGCGCGAAUCAAGCGUGAUGACGCGGUCGAUCGACGACGUCGACGCGUCGGCCGCCGUCGCCGUCGCCGUCGCCGCCGCCGCCGCCGCCGCGCGGCGGGGACUCGCCGCGCCGCGAUGCGCGACGGUCACCCCGUGUUGAUACGAACGGGGGGACCUCGCGAUCGCUAGCUUCGUUUCGUUUCGUUGUUGUUAAAGAUGCGCGUUCUGCGAAC